CAGAGCUUCAGUCAGUCAGCGCUGCUGCACGGAGGAGGACACAAACUCUGCCUGACCGCCCAGUUAUGGCUGUUUUUAUCGCUUGCGGAUGAUGUAUUCCGCGCACACUUAGAAGGAAUCUGUCGCCUCACUAUAUUCACUGCCAGCUGGAAUCAUGGGAAACCAGCUGACUGAUAUCGCUCCAAACACGGCGUUGCUGCCGUUCCAGUCUCUGCACGUGGUGGUGGUCGGCCUCGACUUGGCGGGAAAAACCUCUCUGCUCUACUGGCUGAAACUGAAGGAGUUUGUGAAAACCAUCCCCACCAAAGGCUUCAACACAGAGAGGAUCAAGUUGGCCGUGGGGGCUUCUCGGGCCAUAACCUUUCAGGUGUGGGAUGUGGGUGGCCAGGAGAAGCUGCGCCCGCUGUGGAAGUCCUACACCCGGCGGACGGACGGCAUUGUGUUUGUGGUGGACUCUGCGGAGCAAGAACGGAUAGAGGAGGCCAGAGUGGAGCUCCAUAAGAUCACCCGCACCUCUGAGAACCAGGGCGUCCCUGUUCUCAUCCUCGCCAACAAACACGACCUGGACUCGGCGAUGUCCGUGAGCGAGGUGGAGAAGGUGCUCGCUGUGCACGAACUGAGCAUGCACACUCUGUAUCACGUGCAGAGCUGCAGCGCCGUGGACGGCCGGGGGCUGCAGCCAGGCCUGGAGAAACUUUACGAGAUGGUCCUGAAGAGGAAGAAGAUGGUGAAGCACAACAGGAACAGGAGGAGAUGAAGCUUCUACACACAAGAGCUUAACAGGCAGCGUUAAUGGGAUAGAAACUCAUGCCAACAAAACAUCCGUACAUGAGGACAAAUGGAUUCAGUCCGAAUAAUGAAGCAGUAUUGACGAAUACUUCGUGUAGCUGCACUUUGAAAGCGU